UAUCUAUGGUCACAACCAGGUAGGUCCCCUCCCACCUACAUAACAAGCUUGUUUGUGUUCAUAUUGUUGAGCCCCGCUGCAAAAUGAACAGGACACACAUAACGCAAUCGUAAUUCACGGCGAAUUGAAUUCGGAAUCUAGCAUGAGGGAAGUAUUCAGCCGCGAUCAGUAUGACCAAAUUCAUCGGCGAUCGACCAGCAAUGUCUGAGGAAGCUGUGCGUUCAAACUUUCCACCUCUCAAAAUCAUGGAUGUAUUAUAAUAAGAAGGGCUUUUAAUAGUACUUAAGUCGAGUAAGCGAGGUGCAAUGGCGUCUGUUAUGGAGGACCCCACCCUUGCGAGACACUUCAGGGGGCAUACAGAUGCUGUCACAUGUGCAGACUUCAGCCCCACGGGCAAACAACUAGCCACUGGGUCGUUGGAUACGAGCCUGAUAGUGUGGAACCUGGCGCCCAAGGCCCACGCCGUGCGCUUCCGGGGCCACCAGGAGGCGCUCACGGACCUCCAGUUCUCCCCAACAGGAGACCUGGUGGCCACCUCCUCCGAAGACGCAACUGUCAGACUGUGGACGCCGUGCAUCGAAGGAGAGUCUGAGGUGUUCAGAGCGCACGCGGCGGCCGUGCGCAGCGUUAGCUUCUCGUGCGACGGCCAGUGUCUGGUGACGGCCUCCGACGACCACGAGGUCAAGGUGUGGAGUCUCUCGUGCCGCCGCCUCCUCUACUCUCUCCAGCAGCACAGCGACGUAGUCCGCUGCGCCAGGUUCUCUCCAGACGGUCGUCUCAUUGCAUCCUGUGGGGACGAUGGUGCGGUGAUGUUAUGGGACGCGUCCAGCGGACAGUGUGUCAGCUGCUUCACGGACUGUGGCGGUUCAGUCCUGUUUGUGGACUUUAACUCAAGCGGUACGUGUUUAGCAGCGUCCGGACAGGACAGCUCCCUGAGAAUCUGGGACCUCAGGACCAGCAAGCUCACACACCUCUACCAAGUUCACAGUGCGGUGGUCAAUUGCUUUUCCUUCCACCCGUCCAACAACUACCUUAUCAGCGGCUCCAGCGACAGCACGGUCAAAAUAGCCGACCUGCUGGAGGGCCAAGUCAUGUACACCCUCCAUGGACACAAGGGUCCUGUGCUCACGUCAGUCUUCUCGCGGUCCGGGGAGGAGUUUGUAUCUGGAGGAGUGGACGGCCAGGUGUUGGUGUGGAGGACCAACCUGGACAGCAGGCUCUACCGGGACGUCCUGCGCGGGCACAGCCGCAGGUGCACGGCGGACCUCUCUCCCCGCCUGGCGCGCCUCCAUCCCGCGGUGGCACACCUCCGCCAGCCCCUGGCCGCCCCCAUCGAGAUUGGUCCCACGCUAGUGGACACUGUCUCUCAUGACCGCCACAUUGUAGAUCAGACCUUCUACACCCACACGGAUUGGGCAGCAAGCUGAAGGGGGGCGUGGCCUGGCAUGCCCCAGAUCCAAUGGUGCUUUAGUUACAACCGCCAAUACCAUUCACAACAAUUUACGACCAACUGCCAUCGAUACCUCGAUACCCAACUCCUGUGUACCGUGUGCUGUGAAUGGGGACAGACCUCUCUCUAGUGAGGGUGGUGGUGGGGGAAAAAAGUGCUUCCCUUUUAUGGGAAGCACUUUAUCAGUAUUACAUUGAAUACUUUUUUAUGCCUGAAUAUGUUUUAUAAAAAUAACAGGAUUAACCUGACUAGGCUUUGCCACUCGAUUAAGUCAUUAUCAAAUGAAUUGGUGCAUUUUAAGUCGAGCGUCUGUGUACUGGCGAGGUAAGGCUCAUGUAAAGAGAUCAGGAGUGUGGUGAGCGCUGCUAAAAACACCAAAAUAACAGCAGUGAAGGAGAUUGAGUUGCUCCUCCAUUCGCUUCAUGGUAGACCUCUGAAUGAACGCACACAUCCCAGUCCUUCCUGUUGUCAUGUGUCUGAAAUUGAAUUAUGUCUGGAUGGAGUUAUUUCCCCCUCAACGGAUUAUACCAAACGCUGGCACGGUGUCCAUGUAAUGUGUUUUCUGAUGAUGAUGAUGAUGAUGAUGAUGAUGAUAAUGAUAAUGAUGUCCUCCUGACCUUAUCCAAUCACAGAAGCGUUCAAACCCGCCAUUUCGUUGCAUAAUCGAGACGCACGGUUGAAAGGACUACAUGUGCUUCAUUCCCGUGAAGUUAAACUGCCCUCUCUCUCUCUCUCUCUCUCUCUCUAGAAUAUUAUAUGAUGGGAACUGUGUGCAUGUCUGUCUUUCUCACUCUCUCUCACCAUCUCCUUCACUGCGUUGGCUUGUCCUUGCAUGGUUUCUGCUGCCAGUUCCUUCAUCGGUGCUGUGAGUGAGAACAACAGAGACACUUGACUGCGCUGUGCUUCUCGGGGAGGGGAAAAAAUACACAAACCGCUUGCGGCGGAACUACACACACGCGCGCAACUAUUUGUGUACAUGCACAAGCACAUCCUGCCAACAACACAUAGCUGCAAACACUGUCAUUGGUGUAGAGAACACCGCAGGUGUUCUUACCACACCACGGCUAUCCUCCUGUCUCUUUGAGUCACCCUCUCCUUCUCCUCUCCUCUGCCUGGCUGGUCUGCCGGAGGAACUCAGGGUUUGCAUUUUCUGCUAAUCAUGUAGUCGCGUGUCAUCUUCCCUUUGUGGUUGAAUUUAAAUGUCUUGUACUUGUAGAGCUUGGAAGUCUGUGUUGCUAUUUUUUUGGGCGAUAAGCGCUCUAUAAAUAAAGUUGGUUUGAACACUG